UGCGAAACCUUUUUUUAAUAUCAUACGGUCCAUACCAUCUUCAUCCUCCCUUCUGCUCUGCAUAUCUAUCUCUCUGUGAUCAUUCUUCCACGAGCGGCCCCUUUUUUAAUCCUUUCUCUCUCGCCCUGCCGCCCUUGACGGAAGCCUUUAAUUCAUACUUUUGACAUCAUGGACCAGCUUAAUCUGCUUGCACAGCUGGAGGACGAAGAGAAGAGGAAGCGGAGGCAACAGACCCCCAAAGGGAACGGCAGGAAGUCAAAGGUCGCUUCGUCCCACGUAUCCGAAGGAGCCCGAAAGACGCGACGUCCUCAUUCUCUCCCUCCACCUCAAACCAAAAAUCAACCCCAAACCCUCCAAACUACCAUCUCUGGCUCGCCUAGCUCUUUCGAACGCCCGCUCUCUCGAGGCGAUGGCCGACGAAUCUCUUUUGGAAACACCCCCCGACCUGACAAGAAGUUUGUCUUCUCUAUACCAACCAAGAAUGAACCCUUAUCUUCCGGCUUCCAAUGGGACGGCAGACUUGCCCUCCGGUACGGAGUGAGCGAAGAGAUGUGGAAACACUUCAGUCGCGAGAUCAUCGAGGCUGCCGAGAUCCCUGGCCCCUCGUGGGUUUGGCGCCUCCACAAGAGGAGCGUCAUCAAUCGCAUCAAGAAGGACUUGGUCUACGAGAGUGACUUGAAGAGUACUCUCAAGAAGUGGAAUAGGCUCUUCAGUGACCGGCAUGGUUUCAAGGCAUACCUGAAACCUCCGGACCCAAAGGGGGAAGAGAAUAUAAAUGAUGAGGACAUUGGGGACACGGAGGCAGAGAGGCAGCAAGCGAUUCUGAUGGCCAGGCGCUUUAGGAUCGUUAUCAAUUCGAAUACGGAGAGGGCUGCGUCAGUCUACUCUCGUUCAUCCAGCAUGACGAGAUCGGUAUCGGGAGAGGCCACGGCCGUCCAGAAUCGAGCAUCCGAUUCAAAAGCAGAGGACGUUGAGGACGAUGCGAAGGGGUGAAGACGGACGACUAAACGACUUGACGAAUUAUUAUAUCACGAUUGGUUUACGACUGAUUCGCAGCGAUGGCGUGACUUGUUGGAUACAUUAUAGACUUAUCCCUUCUCAACUGUUUUUUGUUACCCUCCGAGGCGACGGCGCCGAUAAGAGAUGAUCGAUUGGCGUUUGGUGGAUUAUUAAUUACUUUUCUCUUUAUCAUCGGUCACUGCAGCUCUCUUCUAGGAACCGGAUCGCGGUUCAGGACAAGGGAGCCGCUUGGGAAAGGAGUUUUUGCUCCGUCGAUUGACGACGCCGCUCAUAAUAACAGGUUGAGGAAAUCCCUGAUGUAUGUAUAUAUUGGAUGGGGAUCGGAGCCGUUUGGCUGCGCACUGGACUAGAUCGAACCAUGAAAAUUACCCCC